CGCAAUAAGAGCCCUUUUUCUCUCUCCCUCUCUCUCUCUCUCUUUUUUUUAUAUCUCCUCUGCUCGAGCUUGACGUACUUUUGUUCUUUCCGUCCUUCCUUUUAAAAAGUAAAAGACUCUAGUUAAAACGGAAAAAAAAGAGAGGAAAGAGCAGUGUGUCGAACAAUAUAUAAACCACACAAUGUUCCGCCACCAAAUCUCGAGAUUAACCUCGUAUACGUUCAAGUACACCGGCAUGGGCACAACAUCGUCUUCCCAUCAAGAUCCCUUGCCUUCACCACAAUUGAUUGAAUUCUGGGUGGCGGAAGCACAACGUGGUCUGGAUGCACUCCUCAAUGACCAAUUCGAUCAAGCUGACUCGAUACUUUCACAACACGCCGCCGUAUCACCGUUCCAUGCAGUUGCCUAUGCUCUAAUGGCCUAUGUAGAGGCCAUGCUUGCAUUUGACGUGGAGAAGAUAAGCAUUGCCUCUGCUCGGAUAGCAGCAGCAGAAGAUCUGGCACGGCAAUAUGGUCGACGAGUUCGAAAACGAGGAUGGAAUGGUAGUAGUGCAGCCUCCUUUGCCACAUCCACCACCGCCGCCCCUCCCUGCACUCCCCCUGACCAUGACGGUAGCCACAAGGACAACCAGCAUGAAGUUUCCAUUGCAUUUGACGAGGACGGCGCAGAAAAAAUCAUGAUUAGCGACGAUUCGGCAAGCUGUACCACCACAUCUUCCUCGUCGAUGGAAUCUGUCAUGACAGCGCCCGAGGAACAGCAGCAACAACAGCAGAACCAAAAACCAGCAGCAGCAGCAGCAGCAACAACAACAGCGACAGGAACAACGCCAUCGAUCACAACGAAAAAUGUACGGCGCACGUUUGACCUUCAGUGCGAACUGCUGGAAAUCAAUUGCAUAUUGAUGAGCGCCACGACGCAGUUCAUGGGCAAUAGCUGGCUUGAAUACAUGAAGGCGACGUACAGACUCCGCAAGUCUUACAAAAUGUACGAACACAUGUUUACCAAUUUGACUGGACAAAAGCCAAGUGAGUGUGCAGCCAUGUUGAAACGACGAAAACAUCCAGAGUCGUCGUCGUCAUCGUCCAAUAGAAGAUCGCCAGGAACUGCAACUGGACCCUUGUCUCCAAACAAUCACAAAGACACUCGUACGCCUGCUGGAGCUGAGAAACGAUUCAGUUUAUUCAAUUUGCCGACUGGGGUUACACGCACACCAAGCAGUAUCCGUUCUUGGGAUUCAAAACGACGUCUUUCACUGGCAUCAUCCAACGGGCUCGCCAAUGCCCCUUGCAACAGCAGCGAUGCGGACGUCAACAACAACGACGGCGAGAAACACGAUAGCACCGUAGAGAGUGGAGUCUUUUUUGGAAUCGGCCUUUUCAGUCUGAUCUUCUCGUUAUUGCCUCCCAAAGUAAACAAGAUCCUCAACACGCUUGGUUUCCAUUCCUCCCGACCUUUUGCAUUACACGUUCUUCAAAAAUCAUACCAAAGUCAUGGCCUUUACUCCAGUCUAAGCGCCCUGACUUUACUUGUUUAUUUCACCAACUUGUCGUUGUUUAUCCACCCACGUCUGUUACCGAACUCCAUGACGCGUGAGACGACACGAGCCAUGUUGAACGACAUGAAGGCGAAAUUUCCAAACAGCAAGAUAUGGGAAUUGUUGGAAGGCAAGCUGUGCAAAAUGGAAGGCAAGUCGCGUAAGGGCGUUGAAAUCCUGCGUGAUGCACGCCGUCGACAUAGUAUUCGCGUGGAUCUCGGUGGUGGUACGAAGAAAUGGGUCAAUGAAGCGCCACGGGAGAAGCAACACCCUUCUUCUACUUGUUCAUCAGCAUCUCCAGAACAACGACAACAACAGCAGAAAAAGAGCCGAAUGGUUGUCAGCGAAUUAGCUCAACUACAAGGCUUGGCCGUUUAUGAAAUGGGAUGGGCUCAAGUGUUCUUAGGCGACUACUUUCAAGCUUCUGAAACCUUUUUCCGACUGGAAAGCAUGAACAACUGGUCGCGUGCUUUCUAUCACUACAUUGCCACAUGUUGCAUGUUUGCCGACGAACAAUAUGACAAGGCGGGCAUGGAGUUUCAACAGAUCCCUAGUAUUCUUGACCGCAAGCGACAACUUGGCGGACGGUUAUUGCCGAACGAAAUGUUUGCUGAGCGCAAGAUCAAGCGAUGGAAGGAAAAGGUGCACAUGAUAAUAUCACAAGGCACUUAUUUACCAGUACAUCUCCAAUGGAUGACGCAGCCACAAACAGAGCAACAGCAAGAGUACAUGAAGGAGCGAUACCUCUUGCUCGAUGGCGAAUUGUUGAAACAGGUCGUUGUCGUAAACCCAUUGUGGGAGCUCAUUUAUCUUUGGAACGGCAUUCCUCAACUAUCGACGGAGAUGCUUGAUACCAUGAAACAGCAGCUGCAGUCAACCAUCGACCAACAGCAUGCGAAUAGCAGUCUACAGCAGCAACAUCAACCAUCGGAUCUUGCUAUCUUGCGUGUUAUCCUUGGUGCCGUGUUGCGUGAACUUGGCGAUUUUGGCCCGGCCGAAAAGUGCUUCCAGGCAACGAUCGCCAUGCAUAUCCAACUCUACGAAGAUCGUUGGGUAAUACCGUACGCUAUGUACGAGUUGGCGGUGUUGAACUGUUUCCGGAUACAGCAAAGCCCUGACGAGAACAGCGAUCUUGUGCCCGAGAUCCGUAGUCUCAUUAAACGGGCCGAGCAUUAUUUUCAUGCAGCCCGUCGAAACAGCGAAAAUAAUAAUAAUAAUAAUAAUAAUAAUAGUAGCACUAGUAAUACUACUGCACCACCUAGCAAUAACAACAAAAAAGAUGAUUCCAGCAACAACAACAACAACAAGGACGACACAACGGAUAAUGCGCCGCCAGUAGUGGAUGAAGGUGAUUACCACGACUGGGAAAGUCGGUUACAUAUCCGAUGUCAAUUGUUGACGGAGAAACUGGACGAGCUUCAAAUGCUUAUCACAGCGUCACCACCACCCUCGAUACCAAUCGAUUGAUCUCACUCCUACUAUACUACAUUUAAUAUCCUUCUCGUAUCAUACGCAUAUCUAACCACACAUACUCUCUCGCAAUCAAAACGCAACAUCUACUUCCUCCUUUGUUUUUCUUGUACUAUGCAUAGAUUAUAUAUAUACCACAUCAGCCACACCCAACAGCAAUUGCACUUUUUCUUGACAUAUCUAGUACUGCCUGCAUACCGAAUAAGUCACACCUCUUCUUCCCAUCCCAUACACCCACACACACACACACAGCACAUAAUUUGUAGCAUUAAU